AUGGAGAACCUAUCUAUCACCGAUGCCCCUCCACAGGGCCGUGGUGCGCCGCAACCCCUACCUCAGCUGCCGCCGCAAAUGUUUACGACUGCCGCGCAGCUCCUGGACCUCACAGACAAGAAGCUCAUGGUCGCUUUGCGCGAUGGGCGAAAACUCAUUGGAGUCCUAAGAAGCUGGGAUCAAUUUGCAAAUCUUGUUCUCCAAUCCACGAUCGAACGUAUCUUUGCGCCCUCCCCCGACUCAGCAGGUAGCGAUCGACCAACCGGUCUGUACGCAGACAUAAACCACGGCAUAUUCCUCGUCCGAGGCGAGAACGUACUACUCCUUGGCGAAAUCGACCUCGACAGAGACGACGAUCCCCCGCCUGGUUUCGAGCUGGCCGAGUUGGAAGUGGUUAAGAAGAUCGCAGAGGAGAAGAAGGCAGCCGACAAGGCUCGGGAUAAGUUGCGAGUGAAGAAGCUCGCGAAACACGGCUUCGAGGGGGAGAACAUUGGCGAGAUUGUGCUGUAG